AUGCCAAAAUCAGAAUUACAAGAUAUACCAUUAGAAGAUUCAGAAAAGCAACAACAAAAGCACCAGCAACCAAUUACAUCCGAACCUAAACCAGUCAAUGAAAUGAAUCUACAACAACAACCACAAGAUAAUGAGUUGCAGCAUACAAAAACAAAUAACUCAUCUACACAGUCUAGUUCUUCAGACUCUGAUUUUAUUUCACAAGUUAGUGGUUAUGAAAGAGAUACUAAUGAAUGCUCCGAAUUUUGUAUUGAGUUUUGCACAUGUUUUGGUGUUGUUGAUUGUUGUCCAAGAACUGGAGAAGGAUGUCUUACUACAACUGCUACGUUUAUUGGUAAUUUGAUAUUUGGAUGUUGUAAAUGUUAG